CUGCACUACCAACCCACCACAGCCUCGCAGUGCGCCGAGGCUGCACGGCCGGCCGGACUGUGCAGCGGCUGCUGGAGCCGCCUCGAGAGCCUGAGUCAAUCUCAGCCAAGAUUUUUGGAUUCUGUCACCAUGGAGACUGAGAGUGAACAGAACUCUGGCUCCGCCAGUGGGAGCUCCAGCUCUGGAGGAAGCACCCGUCCUCAGAUAUCACAGAUGUCUCUGUAUGAGCGGCAGGCUGUACAGGCCCUUCAGGCACUCCAGAGACAGCCCAAUGCAGCCCAAUACUUUCAUCAAUUUAUGCUCCAGCAGCAGCUUAACAGUGCCCAGCUGCACAGCUUGGCUGCUGUCCAGCAGGCUACAAUUGCAGCUAGUAGACAGGCCAGCUCACCAAACACCAGCACCCCACAGCAGACUACUACCACACAGGCCUCUAUCAAUCUCGCCACCACAUCAGCUGCUCAGCUGAUCAGUCGUUCACAGAGUGUGAGUUCUCCCACUGCUACAACUCUGACGCAGUCUGUGCUCCUCGGGAAUACCACUUCACCACCUCUCAACCAGUCACAGGCCCAGAUGUAUCUCCGGCCGCAGCUGGGAAACCUGUUGCAGGUAAACCGGACCUUGGGGCGCAAUGUCCCUCUUGCCUCCCAACUCAUCCUGAUGCCUAAUGGGGCCGUGGCUGCUGUCCAGCAGGAUGUACCACCCACCCAGUCUCCUGGGGUCCAUGCAGACGCAGAUCAGGUUCAGAACUUGGCUGUGAGGAGCCAGCAGACCUCAGCCACUAAUGCCCAGCUCCAAGGCUCUGCUCAGAAGGUGGCUCUACCAGGAAACUCCCAGGCUUCAGGCCUACCACAGGCCACAAGUACAGGCCAGACUGUGGCAGUGGCUCCAGCCUCUUCUGGCAGCACGGGCCAGUCUCUCAACUUGAGCCAAGGGGCAGCAGGCAGUAAUGGUGUCUCUGGGGGUGUGGUUGCAAGUAGUGGGAGCCAGAAUUCUGCAGCAUUGAGCCAGACAGCCUCUGCAGGUGCCGCCAGCAGCUGCCAACGGAAAGGCACAGGAGUGGUUCAGCCACUACCAGUAGCAGCUGCCCAGGCAGUGACUGUCAGCCAGGGAAGCCAAACAGAGUCAGACAGUGUAUCCACAAAGAAGGGUGAAACGGACAGUGGUGGACAGCAGACUGUGGGCAUGAACCUUACCAGGACAGCUACGCCAGCACCCAGCCAGACAUUGAUUAGUUCAGCUACGUAUACACAGAUUCAGCCACAUUCACUGAUCCAGCAGCAGCAGCAGAUCCACCUGCAGAAGCAGGUGGUGAUCCAGCAGCAGAUUGCCAUUCAUCACCAGCAGCAGUUCCAGCACCGCCAGUCCCAGCUCCUCCACACAGCCACCCAUCUCCAGCUGGCUCAGCAACAGCAACAGUCAUCAUCUUUGACCCAGCAGCAGCAAGCUCAGCCUCCACAGCAGCAGGCUCCACCUCAAAACCAACAGCAGACUCAGACCCUUGUGGUGCAACCUAUUUUACAGACCCAGCCGCAGUCUGUUCAACUCCAGCAUGACAGUCCUGGCCAGCCAGCCACCAAAUCACCUGUUCCAAUUCAGUCAAAGUCUAUGGUCACCUCCAUCAAACCACCUCAGCUUGGGCCUGCCAAAAUGUCAGCAGCACAGCAGCCUCCACCACACAUCCCUGUGCAGGUGGUGGGUACUCGGCAGCAGGGCUCAGGUCAAGCCCAAGCACUGGGUCUAGCUCAGAUUGCUGCGGCAGUGCCGACUUCCCGGGGAAUGCCAGCUGUGGUCCAGUCUGUUUCCCAAGCCCAUGCUCCUUCCCCACCUUCUUCAGCUCCAGUAUCCUCACAGGAAACUCCUCCUCUCACUACAGGGGUGAAUUUGGCACAAGUUCAAGGUACAGCCCACAUGGUGAAGAAUCCUGCCUCCUCUCCAGUUGUGGCUCAGAUGCCAGCAGCGUUCUACAUGCAGUCUCUCCAGUUGCCAGGCAAGUCUCAGAGCUUAGCAAUAAAGCGCAAGGCCGAGUCAGAGGAGGAGAAGGAGGUAUCAGCCAGUGUCACUGCACUAAUGCCUGCCAGGUCCUCUCCUGUGACAGAUAGCCCCAAAAAUGUGGAGGAAAAGAAUGGCCUUGGAGAUAAAUCUGAUCCUGCUGCUACUGCAACCCCAAAUGCCACCUCAAGUGAAGGAGCAUCAGUCACUUCCACCUCUGUUCCCACUGCAAACCUGGCAAUGGUAUCACGACAGAUGGGAGACUCCAAACCUCCACAAGCCAUUGUUAAGCCCCAGAUCCUCACACACAUAAUUGAGGGCUUUGUAAUCCAGGAAGGAGCAGAGCCCUUUCCGGUGGGUUGCUCUCAGCUGCUAAAAGAAUCUGAGAAACCUUUGCAGGGAGGGGCUCCUUCUGGCCAGGGUGAAAACCUGUCCAGCAAUUCUCCAGGAGGGGACAGUACUUCUAUGGAGCUUGAUAAGAAGGCAAACUUGCUGAAGUGUGAAUACUGUGGGAAGUAUGCCCCAGCUACUCAGUUCCGUGGUUCCAAGAGGUUUUGUUCCAUGACCUGCGCUAAAAGGUACAAUGUCAGCUGCAGCCAUCAGUUUCGGCUGCAGAGAAAGAAGAUGAAAGAACUCCAGGAAGCUAACUAUGCUCGAGUGCGCCGACGGGGAUCACGGCGCAGCAGCUCUGAAAUUACUCGAACAAAGAUCCAGGGCAAGCGUCACAGGGGCCAGGAGGAUUCAAGCCGAGGUUCUGAUAACUCUAGCUAUGAUGAAGCUUUGUCUCCUACAUCUCCAGGACCUCUGUCAGUAAGGUCUGGCCAUGGAGAGCGAGACCUGGCUAACUCCAGUAUGGCCCCACCUACCCCAGACCUACAUGGUAUCAACCCUGUCUUCCUGUCCAGCAAUCCCAGUCGUUGGAGCGUGGAGGAAGUGUAUGAGUUCAUUGCAUCGUUGCAAGGAUGCCAGGAGAUUGCUGAAGAGUUUCGGUCACAGGAAAUAGAUGGCCAGGCCCUGUUGCUUUUGAAGGAGGAACAUCUCAUGAGUGCUAUGAACAUCAAGCUAGGACCUGCUCUCAAGAUAUGUGCCAAGAUCAAUGUCCUCAAGGAGACCUAGCAGCUCUGAAGCCAGCGGUUUCAGUUUUGCUCUGACCCCAGAGCAGCUGCCAGCUUUGAAACACUCUGUUGGGGCAAGGAAUGGGACGAUCCCAUGUGGUCCUGCAUUCAAGAAUGAAAAGGAAUUUAACUGCCUGAAACUGCCAUGCACAAGCCCAUGUCUUGGUCUUUUAAUGGUGCUAUAACAAGGGAGGAAAAUUCCCACCUGGGGCCUUUGAAACUUCCUUCCUUCUUUGAAUAUGCCUCUCAUAUACCACAUUAAGAAGAGAAGGAUACAUCUUUCUGUUUUAGCAGCCUUGUAAAGGGGAUGUGCCCUUGCCCCUUUUUGCAGCAGCAGAUUUGCUGGAUCUUGGUUAUGUUGGAACCUGAGGUACAGGAAAUUCCUGCCCUGUAUGGUUUUGGGAGCAGCUGUGUUUGGGGCAUUUAAAAAGGUCCAAGUGGCAGAGGGUGGGUAUUCAAGAACUAAAGCAAAAGGAGCUGCUUCUGUUAUAGCCUAGAUAUUUUUUGAACUGUGUUUAAUAGCCAUUCCAGCACACCUAUCAAACUCAAAGGCCCAUGGCAUUAGGAGCUACCUUACCUUAGCUUUAUUGUCUCCUGUAAAGACACAAAUUGAAAACAAGGUAUUUUGGCAGCUAUUCACUCCAGAUGCCCGUCUUUGAAGCUGAAGAGGAUUUAUCAUGAGUACUUAUGACAAGGUGAUGGGAAAAUCUAAGUGGGAGGAGGGGGGUUGUCUUACAUUAGAAAACCCUUCACCACUUGGUGUCAUCAGUGUAAUAGGGUAUAAUUUACAGAUCCAAAGCAGUCUCCAGAAGUGCCAAGGCUCUUCAUAAAAACAAACAAACAAACAAAAACAGCUUGAAAUUUUGGUUCAUAUAUUUUUUUUUUUGUUAGGUUUGUUUUCUGUUCUUUUAUCAGUUUGUAUUAUUUUUGUCUGUCUUCAUUAUCCUCAGGAGAGCUUAUGGGACAAAGUUGAAGCUGGCAGGAUUGUAUAUCCUGCCUCAGGCUCUUUUGUUUUUAAUUGAUGUUGUAAAACAAAUACUUCUCUUCUUCAGUAUAUAUAUAUAUACAUAUAUAUAUAAAUCAAGAAAAAAAAACCACAACACUCCAACAACUGAAUUUAGAUUAUUUUUAAAUCCAAUUUCCUCCUAAAGGAUACAGUUCUGUUUAGAGGCCAAUCCCCUGCCAAUCAGCUCCCACAGGUUUUGUAAAGACCAAAUUCUGCAGGUUUUCUUUUAAGCAGUUUGCCAAAGAUGAAAAAGUGUGCAGUUCUCUUCCAGAAGCACCUUCGCUUUUAAAAUAAGAAACCAAAAUCUGGAAGAAAUUAAACAAAGCAUGAAGAGGUAAGUGUCCCCUACAGCCAAAUACCUGAAAGCAAGACUAAGCCGUUUGUCUCAGUUUUUUUAUAUUCAGAAGUUUUGAGUGCAUAUUUGUUUGAGUGAAACAUUAGACUGUUCUAUGUGGAAGGCACCUACUGUUGCAGGAGAGUUGUGGCAUAAGAGGAGGCUUAAUGGUGCAGGUAAGGAACCAUCAGAGAUCUUUGUAACACUCUCUGUAUUGACCCACCUCAUAAGAAGAGGGGAAGUGCUUAGGAGACGCUAAAGCAUAGUAUCAACUUUCCAGUUCUAACGGAAGUGUUGAGUCUGAAUUUAUUUUUAAUGACAUCUUCAUUCUUGUGAGAGAAGGAUUCUAAGCCUUCUUGAAUCGAAAUAGAUCCAAAGGAUGUUACCAGUUCUUGCACCUUGAAAACACUCUUUAGUCCAAUGAAAACUGAGGGGGCAAAAAAGGCAGAGGCGAGCACUUCUAAUGGCAAAGGGGGGUAGCCUUUAAACCAUUUUAUUAGCAGGCUGGGUUUGGCAAAACUUGUUUACUUUAGCUUUUGGCAGGGUAGGCAGGCAGUAUUUGCUGCUUUUGAGGCCUAGAUUAACUUCAGUCACAACGAAAGGUUUCAUUUCUUUAUGUUAUGUUCAGUGUUCUUAAUAAAAAUUGUUCAGGUUUUAAA